GGAAAAAAGGUUUUCUAGUCUGUCAAGUCGCUGGAGAACGAGGAACGAGAGGGCUUUCUUCUGAUUAGGAGUGCGUGUGCAGGAGAUGGAUCACCAAUACAAUGGGGGGAGUUGGAUGAUGAUCCCAAAUCAGAACCCUCUCAAUCAGGAUUUCCACACUCUCCAACCUCAGUACCCGCCGCCGCCGCUACUGUCGCAGCCUCAACAGCAGCCCCAGCCCCAGCAGCAGCAGCAGCACCAUCACCACCCGUCCUUGGCUUCUCACUUCCAUCUCCUCUCCUUGGUGGAAAGGUUAGCCGAUGCAAUUGAUAGCGGAAGUCGUGAUCAACAAUAUGAGGCUCUGGUUACUGAAUUGACCAAUCAAUUUAAAAGGUGUCAGCAACUUUUAGAUUCUAUUUCAGAAACCAUCAGUACAAAGUCUUUGACAGUUGAGGGACAGAAGCGUAGGCUGGAAGAGACUAUGCAACAACUGAACCAGAGGAGGGAUCUAGUUGUCAAGUACAGAAGUCAUGUAGAAGAACUGGUUAAGCCAGAGAGGAACAGAUAGUACACGUUUCUUUUUACAUGUGAUAUAAGAAAACUGUAUGCAUGCUUGACUUUGGGUUUAGUUUUCACAGAGGAUGGUUGCUAACUUCUUCUAAGUUCAAAUGCACUUUAAAGUGACACUAGUUGAAUUA